GAAACUGACACAAAGUAGCGGGCCGAGGCCCUGGGGGGAGAGGGGCUGCAGCUGGGGGGGCGGGAGCCCGCGGGGAGCUGAGCCGAGCGCCCCCCGCCCCAGCUCCCGGCAUGGGCAGGACGUGGCCGCCGGGGCGGGCGCCGAGCGCUGAGCGCUGAGGGUCUCCCAUGGGAUUGCUGGGACCUUGCUGGGUGAGAUGGCACUGUGUGCAAAAAAGCGCCCCCCAGCUCCGGUGCCUCCCUGGGGGGCCGCCCCAUCGGAGCCGCUGAGGCCGAGGACAGACCGACAGACAGCCCGCCCUUCCCCCGCUCAAACUGGGAUCAUGACGGUCCCCAAGGAGAUGCCCGAGAAGUGGGCCCGGGCCGGGGCUCCCCCCUCCUGGAGCCGAAAGAAACCCUCUUGGGGGACAGAAGAAGAAAGGAGGGCGCGGGCCAAUGACCGAGAAUACAAUGAGAGAUUCCAGUAUGCGAGUAACUGCAUCAAGACCUCCAAGUACAAUAUUCUCACCUUCCUGCCUGUCAACCUCUUUGAGCAGUUCCAGGAAGUUGCCAAUACCUACUUCCUGUUCCUUCUCAUUCUGCAGUUGAUCCCACAGAUCUCCUCCCUCUCCUGGUUCACCACCAUUGUGCCUUUGGUUCUUGUCCUCACAAUCACAGCUGUUAAAGACGCCACUGAUGACUAUUUCCGCCACAAGAGUGAUAACCAGGUGAAUAACCGUCAGUCUCAGGUGCUGAUCAAUGGAAUCCUCCAGCAAGAGCAGUGGAUGAAUGUCUGUGUUGGUGAUAUUAUCAAGCUAGAAAAUAACCAGUUUGUGGCGGCGGAUCUCCUCCUCCUUUCCAGCAGUGAGCCCCAUGGGCUGUGUUACAUAGAGACAGCAGAACUCGAUGGAGAGACCAACAUGAAAGUACGGCAGGCGAUUCCAGUCACCUCGGAAUUGGGAGACAUCAGUAAGCUUGCCAAGUUUGAUGGUGAAGUGAUCUGCGAACCUCCCAACAAUAAGCUGGACAAAUUCAGCGGAACCCUCUACUGGAAGGAGAACAAGUUCCCCCUGAGCAACCAGAACAUGCUGCUGCGGGGCUGCGUGCUGCGAAACACCGAGUGGUGCUUCGGGCUGGUCAUCUUUGCAGGUCCUGACACUAAGUUGAUGCAGAACAGCGGCAGGACAAAGUUCAAGAGAACAAGUAUUGAUCGCCUAAUGAAUACACUGGUGCUCUGGAUUUUUGGAUUUCUGGUCUGCAUGGGGGUGAUCCUAGCCAUUGGCAAUGCCAUCUGGGAGCACGAGGUUGGGACACGCUUCCAGGUCUACCUGCCCUGGGAUGAGGCGGUGGACAGUGCCUUCUUCUCUGGCUUCCUCUCCUUCUGGUCCUACAUCAUCAUCCUUAACACCGUCGUGCCCAUAUCGCUCUAUGUCAGCGUGGAGGUCAUCCGCCUGGGCCACAGCUACUUCAUCAACUGGGACAAGAAGAUGUUCUGCAUGAAGAAGCGGACGCCCGCGGAGGCCCGCACCACCACCCUGAACGAGGAGCUGGGCCAGGUGGAGUACAUCUUCUCUGACAAGACAGGCACCCUCACCCAGAACAUCAUGGUCUUCAACAAGUGCUCCAUCAACGGCCGCAGCUACGCUCCAGGCAAUAGGGGAGCUCCUUGGCUGUUUGAAGUGAAGCCCAAGACACUGGCCCCUGGGCACACCGGCCAGGUUGGACCUUGUCAGCCCUGCUGGAGUCUAGACUCUCCCUGUGUUGCUGUCCAGGGCCCUUGUGACGUGUUCGAUGUCCUGGGCCACAAAGCUGAAUUGGGAGAGAGGCCUGAACCCGUCAACUUCUCCUUCAAUCCUCUGGCUGACAAGAAGUUCUUAUUUUGGGACCCUACCCUCUUGGAGGCUGUCAAGAUGGGGGACCCACACACGCACGAGUUCUUCCGCCUCCUUUCCCUGUGUCACACCGUCAUGUCAGAAGAAAAGAACGAAGGGGAGCUGUACUACAAAGCCCAGUCGCCAGACGAGGGGGCUCUGGUCACCGCAGCCAGGAACUUUGGUUUCGUAUUCCGCUCUCGUACACCCAAGACCAUCACUGUCCACGAGAUGGGCACAGCCAUCACCUACCAGCUGCUGGCCAUCCUGGACUUCAACAACAUCCGCAAACGGAUGUCAGUCAUAGUGCGGAAUCCAGAGGGGAAGAUCCGACUGUACUGCAAAGGGGCUGACACCAUCUUGCUGGACAGACUCCACCACUCCACCCAAGAGCUCCUCAACAUCACCACUGACCACCUGAAUGAGUACGCGGGCGAAGGGCUGAGGACCCUGGUCCUGGCCUACAAGGAUCUGGAUGAAGAGUACUACGAGGAGUGGGCCGAGAGACGGCUCCAGGCCAGCCUGGCCCAGGACAGCCGGGAGGACCGGCUGGCCAGCGUCUACGAGGAGGUUGAGAGCGACAUGAUGCUGCUGGGCGCCACGGCCAUUGAGGAUAAGCUUCAGCAAGGGGUUCCAGAGACCAUCGCCCUCCUGACGCUGGCCAACAUCAAGAUCUGGGUGCUGACAGGGGACAAGCAAGAGACGGCCGUGAACAUUGGCUAUUCCUGCAAGAUGCUGACGGACGACAUGACGGAGGUGUUCAUCGUCACUGGCCACACGGUCCUGGAAGUGCGGGAGGAGCUCAGGAAAGCCCGGGAGAAGAUGAUGGACUCGUCCCGCACUGUAGGCAACGGCUUCACCUACCAGGAGAAGCUUUCUUCUUCCAAGCUCACUUCUGUCCUGGAAGCCGUGGCUGGGGAGUACGCCCUGGUCAUCAACGGGCACAGCCUGGCCCAUGCGUUAGAGGCAGACAUGGAGCUGGAGUUUCUGGAGACAGCCUGUGCCUGCAAAGCUGUCAUCUGCUGCCGGGUGACCCCCUUGCAGAAGGCACAAGUGGUGGAACUGGUUAAGAAGUACAAGAAGGCUGUGACCCUUGCCAUCGGAGAUGGAGCCAACGACGUCAGCAUGAUCAAAACGGCUCACAUUGGUGUGGGCAUCAGUGGGCAGGAAGGGAUCCAGGCUGUCCUGGCCUCCGAUUACUCCUUCUCCCAGUUCAAGUUCCUGCAACGCCUCCUGCUGGUGCAUGGGCGCUGGUCCUACCUGCGCAUGUGCAAGUUCCUCUGCUAUUUCUUUUACAAGAACUUCGCUUUCACCAUGGUCCACUUCUGGUUUGGCUUCUUCUGCGGCUUCUCGGCCCAGACCGUCUAUGACCAGUAUUUCAUCACCCUUUAUAACAUCGUGUACACCUCCCUCCCGGUCCUGGCUAUGGGGGUCUUCGAUCAGGAUGUCCCGGAGCAGCGGAGCAUGGAGUACCCUAAGCUGUAUGAGCCAGGCCAGCUGAACCUCCUCUUCAACAAGCGUGAAUUUUUCAUCUGCAUCGCCCAGGGCAUCUACACAUCUGUGCUCAUGUUCUUCAUCCCCUAUGGGGUGUUUGCUGAGGCCACCCGCGAUGAUGGCACCCAGCUGGCUGACUACCAGUCCUUUGCGGUCACCGUGGCCACUUCACUGGUCAUCGUGGUCAGUGUGCAGAUUGGGCUGGAUACCGGCUACUGGACGGCCAUCAACCACUUCUUCAUCUGGGGCAGCCUGGCGGUUUACUUUGCUAUCCUCUUUGCCAUGCACAGCAAUGGGCUCUUCGACAUGUUUCCAAACCAAUUCCGGUUUGUGGGUAAUGCCCAGAACACCCUGGCCCAGCCCACCGUGUGGCUGACCAUCGUGCUCACCACAGUCGUCUGCAUCAUGCCUGUGGUCGCCUUUCGGUUCCUCAGGCUGAACCUGAAGCCGGAUCUCUCGGACACGGUCCGCUACACCCAGCUGGUGAGGAAGAAGCAGAAGGCCCAGCACCGCUGCAUGAGGCGGGUGGGUCGCACGGGUUCCCGGCGCUCUGGCUACGCCUUCUCCCACCAGGAGGGCUUCGGGGAGCUCAUCAUGUCUGGCAAAAACAUGCGGCUCAGCUCCCUGGCGCUCUCUGGCUUCACCACCCGCUCCAGCUCCAGCUGGAUUGAGAGCCUGCGCAGGAAGAAGAGUGACAGCGCCAGCAGCCCCAGCGGAGGGGCUGACAAGCCCCUCAAGGGGUGACGGCUGGGACGGGGACGCCCCUUGCCGGUGAUCAGCGCACGCAGGGCUGGCCGGCCACCGAGAGGACAGCAUCUCGGAACUGUGGGUCCUCAUUCCUUGCCCAGGUCCUCAUCCCAUCUCCCCUGGUAGACUCUGUCCUGCUGGUCCCACUAGGAGUGGCUGGGGCAUCCCCAGCCCAGGGCCCUCCUAGCAGUUGGGAGGGUGGAGGGGGCCGGCCCCAAGGGCAGAGCGGGGGCUGACCAGCCCCAGUGGGGGAUCAGAUGUGGAACCAAAAACAGAAGAAAAAACUGUGAGAGAUUGUGUCUGCCCCUGCCCUGCCUGGGAACCCACAGGGAGACUGUAAUCUCUGUAUUUUUUUACUCCCACUCCCCAGAGGGGCCCCAGAGCCCCUGUUCCUGAAUUACACAAGAAUGUAUCAUGCCGGGAAGCCAGAGACCUGCUGGGGCCCUCGGCCCCUCACAGUGUGUGUGUCUCUCCUUGAUGUGUGUUUGUGUCCAGUUUGGUUUUGUCUCUUUUAUUUGGCAAGUGGAGGAGGCCUUUAUAUGACUUUUA